AGGAAAACAAUGCAUGCACUUUAACACAACGGAACAUCAUGUAGGCAGAGGACAACAGCUGAAACGAGAGGUUAUUCGUCAAAUAACGAUGUCAUCUUGCCAACUUGUGGAUAUCGGGAAGCAUGCGUUAAAAAUAGGAACUCAUUGGUUGAGUUUUAGCGGUUGGAGAAGCGAGACAGAAGUUAUUAUAAGUUUUAGGUUAGUUAAAUAGUUUAUGCUUCUGGACUGGACCUGCAGCGAAUCUCAUAACUUCAGAGAGCAACAGGUUGGAAGAUGGUGUCGUGGAUUAUAUCUAGGGUCAUCGUUCUUGUGUUUGGAACGCUGUAUCCUGCGUACUACUCCUUUAAAGCCGUCAAAUCCAAGAAUGUCAAAGAAUAUGUGCGAUGGAUGAUGUACUGGAUUGUGUUUGCUCUUUACACAGUAGUGGAGACCAUCACAGACCUUUCUUUGGCUUGGUUUCCAGUUUACUACGAACUGAAAAUGGCUUUAGUCUUUUGGUUGCUGUCUCCCUACACCAGAGGAGCCAGUGUCCUCUACAGGAAGUUCCUACACCCUAUGCUGGCAUCCAAGGAAAGGGAGAUUGACGAUUAUAUCGUCCAGGCCAGAGAGAAGAGUUAUGAGACCGUGGUGAGUUUUGGGCGGCAGGGUCUCACGAUUGCGGCUGCUGCUGCGGUCUCGGCUGCUGUGAAGGGACAGGGUGCCAUUAGUGAACGUCUGAGGAGUUUCAGUAUUCCAGACCUGACGCAGUUCCCCUCUGAACAAUCAGCAUUCUCCAACCCCAGCCGACGGGCCCUCCAGCCUGCUAACCCUAGCGCUGCUGAUUCUGAGCCAUAUAAACAAGCAGGGGAGGGGCAUGAGGAGGAAACAGAUGGAGUAUUAUCCGAAGACGAGGCGUCAGUGCAGAAGGGUCUACGCAGAACUCAGAGUGUGAAACUCGCCCGUGCCAAAGCAGCACGCAAAGAGCCUCGCUAUGGCUCUCUGAAGCUGAAACCCAGACGGCGGCAAUUGAUUACAUCAUCCACUUUUGACCACCCUUGAUUGUCCAGUACAAACCCACAGAUGGGAUCAGCAUCAAAACUGCAGUCUAAUCCUCGGUUUAAAACUGCUCAUGUUUAAUCCUAAACUUUGGAUUAAUUCUAAUGUUCUAAUUUCAAAGCAGCAAUAAACACAAAACUACAACUAUAAACAGUCUUACAGCAUGAAUAAUAACUUUAAGUGAUUUACAGAUGAAAAAUACUGCAGUAUAAGUGACAAUGAUGGAGAAUGUUGAAUAGAGAAUUGCAUGUGGCUUUAUUUGUUCAGAAAAAAAAGAAAAAAAAAAACCAAAGCCUAAUAUGAGUACAGGAAGACUAAGAAUGUGCUAAAAAUGUAAUUUAAAAGUGGAUCUGAGUGCAUCUGAUCUGUAACUGCCUCUGUAGAGACAUCUCUUAUUACGCAUAGCGUUGUCAGAGAAGCACCAAUAUCCCUAGUGUCCUCACUCUCCCUCUACAGGGGCAGGUGUCAAAGUCAAAAGUUUCUGUAGUGUGAGUCUUUCAGCCUGUUUUCACAGUAAUGAAAUUGAGCAGGAAAAAAAAUCUGACAAAAAAAAAAAAAAAAAAAGAGUUAUGCAUGUUAACGGGUUUAUGUGUAUGCAUAGAUGUAUCAGCUUGUUCAUGUUUACCUUUCCAUAGUUUUGCCCAGAAUGAAAGUUCUGUCAUCAUUUAUUCACCCUCAUAUCAUUCCAAACCCAUAUUAAUUUCUUUUUUCAAUGGAAUGCAAAAGGCAUAUUUUUGAAAAAUAUCCUGUACUCUCUUUUCCAUAUAAUUUAAAGUGAAUUAGGGAUUCGGCCUGUCAAGCAAGCUCCAAAAUGAGAGAUAAAGAACAUCAAAGUAUCAUAAAAGUGGUUUAAUUGACUACAUACAUCAAUCAAAAAAAAAAAGCAUUGAAGUCAUUUUUUUUAUUUCAGUAUUAUUGCAUUUUGUCUUUGCUUUGUGAAGUCAACAGUUAUUUACUCAUGAUCUUCUCUGAAAUUCUAAAAUUGACUUGUUAACAACAAACACCAUUGGUUCAUUUUAGAACUACAGUGUAAGGGAAGAUUUUAAGUCAAUUUAAAUGUUCCAAAGAAUUCAUACAGGUUUGGAAUGACAUGGAGAUUAGUAAAUAUUUUUUUUCCUGCAUUUCUAGGUGAACUAUGCCUUUAACUUUUAACUCUAUCAUGGAAUUCUGUAACUGUAAUCUUAAGUUGUUGCUUUUAAGUAACAGUUAAAAUACAUUUCAUAAGUUUAAAUGUCUUAGGGUUUUUUUUUUUAUUUUUUUAUUUUUUUUAUUUGUGCAAUCCAUUUUAGAGGAAUGUACGUUAAUUUUAAUCAUGUUUGUUUGUUAGUCUGUCAUUCUAGCCUUAAUAACUAAUUUCAGCCUUAAUAACUAAUUAUAAUAACAACACAACAGCACUAAUUAGUAUAUCAUUUGACCAAAAAACUCUAGAUUUAUCUUUGCAAAGCAUGACAGGAGAGUGAAUCUGACUAGUUGACAGAAGGCUUUGCUGUUUGUACAGUACAUGUGUAAACAGUGGGAUGAUUUUCCUUGUUUUGAACAUGUUAUUGUUUUGUGUUGGACUGUUAAAUGUGUGGGAAAAGCCUCUAAGGAUUUGAUUUGUUACUGUGUUUUGUGUGAUAGAGGAAACCCGUUGAUUAAGGAUAUGUAUACAGAUGUGUGACCAACAGCUGUUUUGAAUGUGUUCGUUUUAAAACAAAGUUUAUUUUCUUUGACCUCAGAACAGGUCAUGGAAAACCUCAAAAUAUCAGGGAAACUUGAAAGACCUGGAAAAGUCAUAAACAUGGAAAACGUGAGGGAAAGGUGGAAAUUUCUUUAAAGAAAAUGUAUGUUUCUGGGUUUCUCUGCUUUAAGCUAUUUCAUGGGCUAGAUAUUAUUCUUUAUGAAUGCUGCAAAGUCAGAAUGAAACAUCAGUCUGUUUUUUGAGACUAAUAAUAAAACACUAAAUAUA